UUCCAUUUCUUAGAAGUCUCUAGAAUCUCGUUCUCUCUUCCUCCUCCUUAAAACCUUUUUCUCCCUCUCCCCUCCUCCUCUCACUCGGCCUUCAGCGAGCUCGUGAGAUCUGUGAUCUGUUCUGCGAUUUGUGUUUGAGGAAAGAAGAAGGCGAUGGAUGACGACUUUGAUUUCGGAACAGGAGGCGAUGCGAUGAACGAGGAUAUGAUGGAUCUUCCCGAUGACAAUCCCACCUUCAAGGUGGGUGAGGAGAAGGAGAUCGGGAAGGAGGGCCUUAAGAAGAAGUUGGUUAAGGGGGGAGAUGGGUGGGAAACCCCCGAGGUCGGGGACGAGGUCGAGGUGCAUUACACUGGAACGCUGCUUGAUGGAACCAAGUUCGAUUCCAGCCGCGAUCGGGGGACGCCCUUUAAGUUUAAGCUCGGCCAAGGUCAAGUUAUCAAGGGAUGGGACCAGGGCAUCAAGACCAUGAAGAAGGGAGAAAAUGCCAUUUUCACUAUCCCCCCAGAACUUGCCUAUGGGGAGGCUGGCUCCCCUCCAACAAUUCCUCCAAAUGCUACACUGCAGUUUGAUGUAGAGUUGCUCUCUUGGUCUAGUGUCAAGGAUAUAUGCAAAGAUGGAGGUAUUUUCAAAAAGAUAUUGAAGGAAGGAGAGAAAUGGGAGAAUCCUAAAGAUCUUGAUGAAGUCCUAGUGAAAUAUGAAGCUCGGCUUGAGGAUGGUACCGUGAUUUCCAAAGCUGAGGAAGCUGAGUUUACUGUUAAAGAUGGAUUCUUCUGCCCUGCUUUGGCGAAAGCUGUCAAGACCAUGAAGAAGGGUGAAAAGGUGCUCUUGACUGUGAAGCCACAAUAUGGGUUUGGUGAAAAGGGUAGACCAUCUUCUGGUGAUGAAGGUGCUGUUGCUCCAAAUGCAACUCUGUUUAUUGACCUUGAACUUAUUUCUUGGAAGACUGUUACUGAGAUUGGAGAUGAUAAAAAGGUCCUGAAGAAAAUUCUUAAAGAGGGAGAAGGAUACGAAAAGCCUAAUGAUGGGGCUAUUGUUAAAGUGAAACUGACUGGAAAGCUGCAAGAUGGAACUGUGUUUUCAAAGAUUGGUCAUGAUGAGGAGCCUUUUGAGUUCAGGAUUGAUGAAGAACAAGUAAUUGAGGGAUUAGACAGUGCUGUCCUAACCAUGAAGAAGGGAGAAUUUGCUCUGGUGACAAUUCCACCUGAGCAUGCCUUUGGCUCCACUGAAUCAAAGCAGGAUCUUGCUGUAGUUCCUCCGAACUCUACUGUUGUUUAUGAAGUGGCCUUUGUGAAGGACAAAGAGUCAUGGGACAUGAAUAAUUCGGAAAAGAUUGAAGCUGCUGCCAAGAAGAAGGAAGAAGGGAAUUCAUUGUUCAAAUUGGGAAAAUAUGCUAAAGCCUCAAAGAGAUAUGAGAAGGGUGCUAAGCUGAUAGAGUACGAUAGCUCAUUCAGCGAAGAGGAGAAGAAGCAGUCCAAGGCAUUGAAAGUUACCUGCAAUCUUAACAAUGCAGCCUGCAAGCUGAAGCUGAAAGACUACAAAGAGGCAGAAAAGCUCUGUACCAAGGUGCUUGAAGCUGAAAAUAGAAAUGUAAAGGCCCUUUAUAGAAGAGCACAAGCAUACAUUCAAACAGCAGAUCUGGAUUUAGCAGAGUUGGACAUCAAAAAAGCGCUUGAGAUUGAUCCUGAUAACAGGGAUGUGAAGCUGGAAUACAGGAACUUGAAAGAGAAAAUGAAGGAGUAUAACAAGAAGGAUGCCAAGUUUUAUGGUAACAUGUUCGCUAAGCUGAAGAGGUUGGAGCCUGCGGAGCCCAAUAAAUCUGAAGGGCAGAAGUUGCAGGAGACUGAACCCAUGAGCGUUGACAGCGCUGCUUAAAUCUUAUUAUUAUUAUUAUAUCUUUGUUUGGUUCCAUCUCCUUCAUACUUUUUUAUUAGUCUCUCCUGAACUUACGAUCACUGAAUUUUAGACGGCUGCCAAAGAGUAGUAGUAUAUGAGGCGUUCACUUUGUUGAAAAAGUAUGACAUGCAUAUGGCCUUAUUAUAUGGUGUUAUGCACAGUUUGUUGAGGAUAUUAAUGUGUUAUGUUGGAGGCUCUGGAUGCAGUAAUGGUUUUCAUAUUCUCUGGUGGAUUAUUGUUACUGGGUGGGUUAAAAAACAUUUUAUUUUUCGAGUGGAAGAUCUCUCUUUCCUUAGUAAUGUGAAUUUGAGAGAUGUGUUAAAUUGUUUUUUCUUAUAUUUUUAUGGGUCGUGAUUCUGAUUCAAUGAUCUAAAUUGUUGAAGGCUUGUUUUUUAGCGG